AUGGCGGCUUCGUUGUGGGCAUGGGCUAGAUACCCACUAUACCUGAGCAGCAGCCUUGCAGCUCUCGCUGGCGGUGGCUUGUACUACUAUCAGAAUGAGAUCAUAUACCCUCGAAAUCUGCCCCCAGGCGCACGCACAGAGGUACCUCGGCCACCGGCAUUUGGCAUUGAGAGCUACGAGGAGCUCAUGCUACCUACCCCGGACGGCGAGACCAUCAGUGCAUUUCUCGUGAAGCCAAGUAAUCAGGCGAAAGCACGGGCGGUUACAAUCAUCUCUUUCCACGGCAACGCUGGUAAUGCGGGCCAUCGCUUGCCAAUUGCUAAAGUGUUGUCAAACGAUUUGUCAUGUACUACACUUAUGGUAGAGUACCGGGGUUACGGUCUGUCGACAGGCUCUCCUAACGAGAAGGGGCUUGCUAUCGACGCUCAAACGGCGCUGGACUAUGUGCGCCAACGCAACGACCUGAAAGGCAACAAGAUCGUUGUCUACGGGCAGAGCCUUGGAGGCGCUGUUAGCAUAGACUUGGUGGCCAAGAACAAGGGCACCGGCGACAUCAAGGGACUCAUCCUCGAGAACACCUUUUUGAGCAUAGCCAAAAUGAUUCCCAGUGUGAUGCCUGCUGCUCGCUAUCUCACACCGCUGUGUCAUGAGUACUGGAGAAGCGAAGAUAUGAUUCCGCAGAUUACGGAUGUGCCCAUUUUGUUCCUCAGCGGUUUGCGCGAUGAGAUUGUGCCGCCAGCUCAUAUGAAACAGCUUUUCAGGCUGGCCAAAUCGCCCACCCUUGUCUGGAAGGAGCUGCCGCACGGUGAUCACAAUACAACGGUUGCCGAAUCUGGCUACUUCUACUUCAUCGAGGACUUCAUACGGAAGCACGUCAGUCCAUGA